AUGCCCGGCAUGAUGGAGAAAGGGCCCGAGCUGCUGGGGAAGAACCACCGGGCGGCCAACGGCAGCGCCAAGAGCCCCGCGGGCGGCGGCGGCGGCGGCGGCGCCUCGUCCACCAACGGCGGCGGCGGCGGCGGCGGCGGCGGCGGCGGCGGGCUGCCCUCCUCGGAGCCCGAGAGCGGCUGCAGCAGCGACGACGAGCACGAUGUUGGGAUGAGAGUCGGAGCUGAAUACCAAGCCCGGAUCCCUGAAUUUGAUCCAGGUGCUACAAAGUACACAGAUAAAGACAAUGGAGGAAUGCUUGUAUGGUCUCCAUAUCACACUAUUCCAGAUGCCAAAUUGGAUGAAUAUAUUGCAAUUGCAAAGGAGAAACAUGGCUACAAUGUGGAACAGGCACUUGGCAUGUUAUUCUGGCAUAAACAUAACAUUGAGAAGUCCCUUGCUGAUCUCCCUAAUUUUACUCCCUUUCCGGAUGAGUGGACAGUGGAAGAUAAAGUCCUAUUUGAACAAGCCUUUAGUUUUCAUGGGAAGAGCUUUCACAGGAUUCAACAAAUGCUUCCAGAUAAGACCAUUGCUAGUCUUGUAAAAUAUUACUAUUCCUGGAAAAAAACUCGAUCUAGGACAAGCUUGAUGGAUCGCCAGGCUCGGAAACUAGCUAAUAGACAUAAUCAGGGUGACAGUGAUGAUGAUGUGGAAGAAACACAUCCAAUGGAUGGAAAUGAUAGUGAUUAUGAUCCCAAAAAAGAAGCCAAGAAAGAGGGUAAUACUGAGCAACCUGUCCAAACUAGCAAGAUUGGACUUGGAAGGAGAGAGUAUCAGAGCUUACAACACCGCCAUCAUUCUCAGCGUGCUAAGUGCCGUCCACCUAAGGGCAUGUAUUUAACCCAGGAAGAUGUGGUAGCGGUUUCCUGUAGUCCCAAUGCAGCCAACACUAUCCUCAGGCAGCUGGACAUGGAGUUGAUUUCUUUAAAACGCCAGGUUCAGAAUGCUAAGCAAGUAAACAGUGCACUUAAACAGAAAAUGGAAGGGGGAAUUGAAGAAUUCAAACCUCCUGAGUCAAAUCAGAAAAUUAAUGCCCGUUGGACCACAGAGGAGCAGCUUCUAGCAGUGCAAGGUGUCCGCAAAUAUGGUAAAGAUUUUCAAGCUAUUGCAGAUGUAAUUGGCAACAAGACUGUUGGCCAAGUGAAGAACUUCUUUGUAAACUACAGGCGUCGGUUUAACUUAGAGGAGGUAUUGCAGGAGUGGGAAGCAGAACAAGGAACCCAGGCUUCUAAUGGUGAUGCUUCUGCUUUAGGGGAGGAGACAAAAAGUGCUUCUAAUGUGCCAUCAGGGAAGAGCACUGAUGAAGAAGAGGAGGCACAGACCCCACAGGCUCCUCGGACUCUGGGUCCAUCACCUCCUGCCCCACCAUCCACUCCAACACCAACAGCCCCCAUUGCCACUCUGAACCAGCCUCCACCACUUCUUCGCCCAACACUGCCUGCUGCCCCCGCUCUUCACCGGCAGCCUCCUCCACUCCAGCAGCAGGCUCGGUUCAUCCAGCCUCGGCCAACUCUAAAUCAGCCUCCUCCGCCUCUCAUUCGCCCUGCUAACUCUAUGCCACCCCGUCUAAACCCAAGACCAGUGUUGUCCACAGUCGGUGGUCAGCAACCACCAUCACUUAUCGGAAUUCAGACAGACUCACAAUCCUCACUGCACUAA